CCAAGCCGCGCAACAAUCUGAGCGAGUUGCGACCACCUCGUCCUCGUCGUCCUCGCCCAGCUUCAUCUCUCCUCGCGCUCCCCACCCACACACCAUGUCGCUCCGGUCCACCGUCGUCCGCCUCGCCGAGCACGCGCGCACCCCGCUCAUCCGCUUCCCGGACCGCAAGUCCUCCCACGCCCACGCCCCGACCGCGCACCCCUGCGCCCCUCAAUCCGUCAUCGACUCGUUCUCGCGCUUCCAAGACGCGCAGCAGCAGAACCCGCAGCUCGUCAACUCGAGCAACUCGAGCUACGGCGGGUCGCCGACGCCUGGGGGCAACCCGGCGGCGGCGCGCGCGGGCUCUUCUUCUUCUGGAUCUGGGUCGGGAACGGGCGCGGGUGCGAGCGCGGGAGGCAAGGGAGGCGCGGUCGACGAGCUGCCGGCGUGGCUGAGGAGGACGCGGCCGGAAGAGGACGAGAUCGAGGCCGUCAUGUCCGGCGGCGCGUCGACGACGCCCGAAAUCACCCGCGCGUUCAAGCAGCGUUGGUACACGCCCCAGUUCUGAGCGAGGAGGAGGCGACGAGCAUGUAGAGCUGGCGACAGGCGACGAGGAGGGUCGGCGAGCGAGCGAGCGAGCGAGAAUGACAACCCAGAAGUGCUCACGAGUUCUCUCUCUCUC